CGUUCCCGGUGUGAGGUGACAGGCAGGGGGGAGGAGCGACGCUACAAAAUGGGGCUCCUCUCUGAUCCGAACCGGCGCCAGGCCCUGUCCCGCGUCGUUACCCAACUGAACACCCCACUCUGUAUUAUCAGUUACCUGGUCGGCACGAUGUGGUUCCUGGGCCUGGCGUUCCAGCCCUUCACUCUGCGCUCGUAUAUCUCGGAGAAUUCCAUGGGAUCUACUAUGGUAGAGGAGCAGUUUGUGUCUGGGGAGAGGGGUCUGUCCUACGCCCGGGAGUUUGCAGCGCACAAAAAGUCGGCUGGGGGGUCGCCGGUGGCCUGGCUGGAGAGGACCAUGCGGGGGCUGGGCUUGGAGGUGUAUUCUCAGAGCUUUGUCCGAACGCUGCCCUUUCCUGAUGAGACGACGGAACGAUUUAUGGUGAAAGGCACCAACGUGUAUGGGAUACUGAGAGCUCCGCGUGCUGCCAGUACAGAGUCCUUGGUACUGAGUGUUCCUUGUAGCGAAGGGCAGAACAAUAACCAGGCCGUCGGGCUUCUCUUGGCGCUGGCAUCGUACUUCAGAGGGCAGAUCUACUGGGCUAAGGACAUCAUCUUCCUGGUGAACGAACACGAUCUGAUUGGGAUGGAGGCCUGGCUGGAGGGCUACCAUGAUGUGAAUGUGACAGAGAUAAAGUCGUCGGUGAUGUUGGGUCGGGCCGGAGCCAUUCAGGCCGCCGUUUCCCUGGAGAUGAGCAGCGACGUGAUCACCAGCUUCGAUUUGGUGGUGGAAGGUUUAAAUGGGCAACUACCCAACCUUGACUUGGUCAACCUGUUCUACGCCUUCUGCCAGAAGAACACGCUGCUCUGCACCAUUCAGGGCAAGCUUCAGAGAACUGACUUCGACACCUUCCCCGGGUACCUGCACAGCCUCCAGACAAUGCUGAUCAUGAUGCUGAAACAGGGCUCUGGGAGACCCCAAGGGGACCACGGCCUCUUCCUGCGCUACCACAUCGAAGCCAUCACCCUGCGGGGCAUCAACAGCUUCCGCCAGUACAAAUAUGACAUGAACACAGUGGGAAAGACCCUGGAAGGAAUGUUCCGGAAGCUGAACAACCUCUCGGAGCGCCUGCACCAGUCGUACUUCUUCUACCUGCUGCCGUGCCUGUCCCGCUUUGUCUCCAUCGGGAUUUACAUGCCGGCCAUCGGCUUCUUCAUCCUCAUUUUGAUCCUCAGGUCCCUGGACCUGUGGAUUAAGCUGAGGCGCUCGGAUGGGACGGCUGAGGACGGAGUCAUGGAUACAGAGCAGGAUCCAAGACCCGGAAUCCUGUCCCUCGCGACCCCCAUUGUGAUCUGCCACGCUACCGGCCUGAGUCUGUACUACCUGCCAGUAAUGAGCCAGGAGAUGGCCACUGACCACUUCCCUGUCUCUGAAUCCGAGGCCGUUGUUCUCACCGCUAUCGCCAUCUACGUGGCAGGACUUGCACUGCCCCACAACACACACAGAGUUCUGAGCGGCGCCGGGUCGGACCAGGGCUGGAUGACUCUCAAGCUGAUCUCCUUACUGUACCUCGCUGUCCUUCUGGGCUGCAUCUCCCUCAUUAACUUCUCCCUGGGAUUCCUGCUGGCGGUCACUAUCGUCCCUGUGGCGGCCAUUGUGCAACCUACUGGGCCAAGGGCCCUGUAUGCGCUCCUCCUGGUCCUGAUCACCCCGGCAACCACUCUCCUCGGCAGCAUCUUCCUGUACCGGGAGCUGAUCGAGUACCCCGUAAGCUUGCUGGAGUGCUGGCAGCUCUUCCUUCAGGCCAUCGCCGGGGGCAUGUUGGACCAUUACCUCUAUGGCUCUUUGCUCUUCCCCUUCAUUGCGUUCUUCGUCUACCCCUGCUGGCUGCAGCUCUGGAACGUGGUCUUCUGGAAAUAGGAGGGGGGCAAAAAUAUCUCUCCAUUCUCUGGCCUUAACUAGACUGUGGCCAGGUCGGACUCUCGGAACCAGAAGUCCUAUUGCUAUUGGCUGAGAGACCCGGCCAGGUUGAACCCAGCUGUGUGUCUCGCUAGAGAGCGCUGACUAUACGGGUAAUGGAGAGGGUUACAGGGCAGCAGAGGAGACAGAACUUGUGCAUGAAGGUUUGGGUUGUACGGACUUAUUUAUAUUUGUUUUGUUCAGACAGUGACUCCCAAGAGCUGACAGUCGGCAUUUGGCUGUGAAUCCGGCUUCUUACAACCCAACGGCCCAAUAUAUAGAGACAAAAUCAAUAUUAUCCCUCACUCCCCACUAGGAAAUGAUACGACUUGAAAUCUACAGCCUUGAAUUGAAAGUGUAUUAAAGAGACUUGUUUUUGGAGAA